AGGUAGUUUCGUCUCUUUCACUUUUUUUUUUUUUUUUUUUUUUGCUGUUUAACUUCAAACGGGUCCCUUUGUAGUUUGGUGCAGCAAGGCCCUGUCUCCCUUUUUCGCCUGUCAGCGGUCUGCAGGUCUUACCGCCAUUUCGUUUUUUUUUUUUUUUUUAAAAGAUCAAUCGUCGGCAGGGCUCAAAACGCAGAACCAACGGUCUGCUUGUUGAAGUACAAGGCUGUCGAGAAAAAAAAAAUCAUUUCCUGUCAGUGAGCGGCGGCGGACAAGCGACACGCUGGCGAUGCAAUCCACGACUGCAGCGUGCGGCGCCUGCACCAGUGCGACACUGGUGCUUCAUGCCGCCGCGCACACCGCCGCCGCGGGUGCGACAGUCGGGAGACAUGUCGCUAUUGUGGCGACUGGGUCGAUUCCCCGCGUGCAUACCCGUAGUUGUUCUGCAACAGGAGACAGCAGAACAGCCAGCCAAAUGAUACUGUCCCUAUCACCACGUGGACACUCGCGAUUGGCUCAAUCGACUCCAACCCGUACAUAUCGAAGGGGAUUGGGCGUUAUCCCCCUCCUCCAGAGAGGAGAAGGUGCUGGAGGUGGUGGUGGUGGUGGUGGUGGUGGUGGUGGCCGUGGGGUGACGUCGUGCACGCCGCACGUGGCAAAUGCAGAGAACCACAUGGAAGAAGAAGAAGGCAGUGCAUCAGUCAGCCGUGAGCCAAUGGAUGAACAGCAGUGCACGGAGCUCAUCAAAGGACUUCGGGAGAUUACACAAUGUGUCGUUGAAAGCAACAACGAGAAUGGCAUUGAAACCAAGGACGCUGGCAAGGAAAACGCCUCCUCCUCCUCCUCCUCCUCUCUGCCCUCCUCAGAGUCGAACGCACCAUCACUAUCGACCUCAUCGACAUCCAACGAAAAGAGAGGGCGGGAGGAAGAAGACAAUCUAGAUGAGAAGGAAGAGGAGAGGAGCAGCGAGGCGGAGGAGGAGGAGAGCAGCAGGGCGAUGGCAAGGACCAUGGAGAGGAGUAGGAGGAGGAAGACGAGGUAUGUGGGUUUCCUUCUGGAUCAGUAUGGAGUGCUGCAUGAUGGACGUCGACCAUAUCCGGCGGUUAUGGCUGCCGUGAAGGAGAUGGCGAGUCGAGGAUCAAAGAUGGUCGUUCUGAGUAAUUCCAGCAGACGCGCCAGUUUUACAAUGGAGAAACUGGCGUCGAUGGGAUUCGAUCCCUCGCACUUCUUGGGGUCUGUUACUAGCGGGGAAUUAACACACAAGUUCCUACUAGAAAGAGCGGAUCCUUGGUUCGCGUCGCUUGGCCACCGUUGUGUACAUAUCACGUGGGCAGGGAGAGGAGCAAUUCGAUUAACAGGAUUGGAUCUGGAGAUAGUAGAGGACGCUCACAAUGCAGAUUUCAUCUUAGUACACGGGACCGAAGCAAUUGCCAGAAGUAGUCGAAGAGGAGGAGGAGGAGGAGGAGGAGGGGAAGAUGGAGAGGAAGGAGAAGAACGAUCUCCGAGGUUGGCGGGCAUGUCUGAGUUCAGAAAGGUGAUGGAAGCAGGCAUGGAGAAGGGGAUCCCGAUGAUCAUCGCCAAUCCCGAUGUGGUCACGGUGAGCGGUAGCGAGUUGUUAAUGAUGCCAGGGACGAUUGGGAGAGAAUAUGAGAAAGCAGGCGGUUUUGUGAGAUGGAUGGGUAAGCCCGACAAAGUAAUCUACGAAGCCGCCGUGCAGAUGAUGGGGCUCCCGAAAUCGAUGGUCGUGGCAGUAGGAGACUCCCUUGAGCACGAUAUCAAAGGCGCGGAGAUGGCAGGAAUUGACAGCGCGUUCGUGAUGGCCGGAAUUCAUGCACGAGAACUGGGAGGAGAAGCAGGAGGUGGAGGAGGAGGAGCAGGAGGAGGAGGAGGAGGAGAAAGGAUGAUGACGAAGGCGGACGAAAUCUCACCGCCAUCUCCGGUGACUUUGAAGUCAUUUUUCCAAAAAUAUGACACCUUCCCUACCUACACCAUACCCCUGUUUAAGUGAGGCUUCGUCGAUGACGGAAGAAGACGAUCACGUGGGAUUGAGAUUGGUACAUCAGCUGCAGCAGCAACAGCCCUCCUCUAUGACUACGUCGUCGCGAUCUCAUCUUCGUCGUUCAUGCUCUCACCACCGCCUUGUCCUCCAACGGAUGGCGUAGACGCUCACCAGCUUAUCAUCGCCUUCCUUCACUGAACUGGAAGAACAGCUGCAGCAAGAGCCCUAAUUUAAUUGCAUCAUCCCCGUCCAUUUAAGUG